AUGCCUCUCAGAUUUCUCAGCAAGGCUCUAACUAUCAUUCAAGAUGAUCAUUUGGGUAAGGUGAAUGCUGUAUUACUCAAAGAGCUCAAUGACGGUACCUAUAUUGAUCUAGCUCUCAAUAUAUCUGUUAUAACUGACUACUCUCUUCGUGUGCAGGUUGAUGAGAUCGAUCGACAGCUUUCAAUUGCCGGAAAUAUCACUUCCCCUGUCACUGAAACACGAUAUAAUGAAACCAGUUACUGGGCAUUUAAGGAAAGCCCUCAAAACAUUGCAUUCAAGCACUCUUUGCAGAGUGAUAUGCUUUCUUUACAGUAUGGACAUGAUAAUGAUCAUCAAUAUAAAGCUGAAAUAUUUCUUUAUCCAUUUAAGAUCAAUUUGUUUUACAGAAAUGUGCUUCAAUUGGUUCUUAAUGAAGGUAACUUACUCAAUGUGGAGCAUUAUAGAUCCCGCAAAAGUGAGGAAAAAGAGGAUUCUAGAGAUGUUUUACCUGAAGAAUCUACAUUUGACGCUUACAAUGACGAGUUUAAGGACUCUAAAGGAGACACUUUACCCUUCGGACCAGAAUCUGUUGCUGCAGAUAUUGAUUUGAUAGGUUUUUCUCAUGUUUAUGGUAUUCCUGAGCAUGCAGAUUCGCUUUCUUUAAAGGAUACAUCUGAUACAGAGCCUUACAGAUUGUUCAAUGUCGACAUCUUUGAGUAUCCUGUUCAAUCAAAAUAUCCGAUGUACGGAUCGAUUCCGUUUAUGGUGGGUGUUAAACCUGAAGCCAGUGUUGGUAUUUUCUGGGUCAACAGUGCAGAUACUUAUGUCGAUAUAACGAAAACUGCACUUUCAUAUGUAGACGAUAAGGCGAUUGAUCCGAUUGAAGGAGUAGAUUUUUCUUCUGUUUCGACUCAUUGGAUGUCCGAGAAUGGAAUUCUGGACGUGAUACUUAUAGCCAAAGACACUCCUAGUGAGGUCAGUUCAUGCUAUGGUGCUCUCACCGGUUAUGUGGAGCUGCCUAAUAUUUUCUCCUUAGGUUAUCAUCAAUCCCGAUGGAACUACAAUGAUGAAAAGGACGUUUUAAGUGUAGCAAACUCAUUUGAUGAGCAUGAAAUUCCAUGCGAUGCCAUCUGGUUGGAUAUUGAUUAUGCCGAUGGUAAGAAAUAUUUCACAUGGAAACCGGAUAUGUUUCCUGAACCUGAAAGAAUGGAAGCCAAGUUGAAUGAAACCGGUAAAAAGUUAGUUGUCAUUGUGGAUCCUCACUUUAAGACAGGCUAUGAGAUAAGUGACCAAUUAAUGAAAAGGGGUAUAGCCAUACGCAAUUCUGAUGGCAAAGAUGCAUACAAGGGACACUGUUGGCCUGGAGAAUCUGUUUGGAUCGAUACCCUUAAUCCAAAUUCCCAAGAAUACUGGGAAGAGCUAUUUAGUAACGGCUCCAAUCUUCUAGGAUACUCAACGAAUGUUCAUUUGUGGAACGACAUGAACGAGCCAUCGAUUUUCAAUGGUCCGGAAACGAGUGCCCCAAAGGAUUUGCUUCACUAUGGCAACUGGGAGCAUCGUUCUGUGCAUAAUUUAUUUGGUUUGACCUACCAUGAAGCUACCUAUCGCUCUUUGGUGGCACGAAAUCCCUCUAUUCGUCCAUUUGUUCUUACUAGGUCAUUUUUUGCUGGCUCGCAGCGAACCUGUGCCAUGUGGACCGGGGAUAACAUUGCCAAAUGGGAGUACUUGAGAGAGUCUAUACGCAUGUGUCUCACCAUGAAUGUUGCCGGCUUCCCUUUUGCAGGAGCAGACGUAGGGGGCUUUUUCCACAAUCCAGACUCGGAACUACUAGUCAGAUGGUAUCAAACUGGUAUAUGGUAUCCAUUUUUUCGAGCUCAUUCUCAUAUUGACUCAAGACGAAGAGAGCCUUACCUUAUUGAACAACCUUAUCAGAGUUAUAUCAGGGAGGCAUUGUUGCUUCGUUAUAAAUUGAUGCCGUUGUUGUACACGCAAUUUCGCAAGAGCUAUAAGAGCGGAAUGCCUAUUUUAAAGCCACUUUUCUACGAUAGACCAGAAAAUCCCGGUACGUAUAGCAUUGAUGACGAGUUCUUCCUGGAAAAUUUACUAGUCAAGCCAAUCAUGGCUCAGAAUCAAACAAGUGUCAGCAUGUAUUUGCCUGAUGACCGGAAAUACUAUAACUUUUUCAAUUUCACAGAAACGUUACAGGGGGAGGGAUACCACGAUGGAAUUCGGGCGGCAUUAAACGAGGUUCCUGUGUAUCUAAGAGAAGGAUCAAUGAUUCCAACCAAAGAAAGAUACAGGCGCUCGGCCAAGUUGAUGACUUACGAUCCUUAUACAUUAUACUUUGCUACGGAUGAAAACGGCAACGCAAAAGGACAAUUGUAUGUUGACGAUGGUGAAAGCUUUGGUUACCGAGACAAUGGUGACUACUUAGAAUUAGAAAUGAGCGUUGAGAGGGGCAGUAGGAUCCAGAGUAAGGUUGUAGGUGGAAGUGGAAAUGGAUUGUUUACGAGUACUUUAGACAGCGUUAGAGUGGAAAGAAUCAUUCUCAUUAAUUGCAACGCAACAGGAAAUAGCGUCACUGUACAACAAGGAGAACAGCGAUGGGCUGUAGAUUUGAUUGAAGAGAAUGGUUACAAUAUUAUUCGAAAUCCGGCCGUGUCCAUCAACAAGGACUGGGCUAUUACACUCUGA